GCAGCUCGAGUGCGUGUUUUCCAAAUCAGACGUGAACGUCUUUGUUUGUCAACUCUUCAUCUUCGAAAGUCUUACCGACCUCGAAGAAAGGGUGGCGUACAGCGGCGCCCGCUGCAACUGCGAAUUCUACGACUGUCUGGUUUGCUAAUUCUCACCUGCAGUCAUGUCCGACGAACAGAAUCCCACUGGCACUGCUCCUGCGGCCAACGUGGAAGCUGAAAAGGAUGUCCAGAACGUGCUGGCGGAACUGAAGGCCGAGGAGGGCGCCGCUCCGACAGAGGAGAAGAAGGAGUCCGAGUCUAAUGGCGCAGCGGCCAGUGAUGAGGCUGCAGAGGAAGCGCGGAUAGUCGCAGAGGCUGCUAAACUGGGAGAAAAGUCGGAGGAGGCCGAAUCGAAGACUGAAGAAAAGUCUCAGAAAUCCAGAACCGGACGCGGAGAGCGCCCCAACUAUCGUGACAACAUCAAGUUUGACCCCACAAGCCGGGAGACAACCAGUGAUCCUGUUGAGAUCAGAAAGCAGGUGGAAUUCUAUUUCUCCGACUCUAACCUCCCCAUGGACAAGUUUCUUCUCUCCAAAGUAGGAGGCAGCGCCAACCGUCCCGUUGAGCUCUCGUUGCUGCACUCGUUCAAGCGCAUGCGCCGCUUCCAGCCUUUCAGUGCUGUCGUCGAGGCACUCAAGUCCUCCGAGACUCUGGAGCUGGUCGACAAUGACACCAAGGUGGUCCGCAAGGUGCCUCUUCCUGAGUCGGUGAACGAGAACCCUGACGCGGAUAUCGUCAAGGUCUUCGAGGACAAGGCAAUGGACCGCAGCAUCUACGCUAAGGGUUUUGGUGACGAGGAACCCAGCACCCAGUUCGACAUCGAGGCAUUCUUCGCUCCGUAUGGCCCCACCAAUGCUAUCCGUCUGCGUCGUCAUUACGACAAGACCUUCAAGGGUAGCGUCUUUGUCGAAUUUGACUCCGAGGAAACCCAGAAGAAGUUCCUUGCCUUGGACCCCAAGCCCAAGUGGAAGGGACAGGACUUGCUGAUCAAGAGCAAGAGACAAUAUUGUGAUGAGAAAGUCAAGGAUAUCGAGGCUGGUCGCAUCAAGCCUAACCGAGGCCGAGGCGGUUCUAGAAACCACGGCCGCGGUGACAAUCGCGACUGGAAGGAGCGCAGAGCUGAAGAUCAGAAGAGAGGUUUCAAGGGUGGCCGUGGCGGCCGGGGAGGACGUGGUCGCGGAAAUGGUCGCGGAAAUGGUCGUGACAAUGCUCGCGAGAAUGGCCGUGAAAAUGGCCGUCCCCAAGAGAUCCAGAAAGAUGCGCGUGGCGUCCCCGUCAUUCAGAGCACUACCGGUGGCGACGAGGCUUCUAAGAAGCGAGCUCGCGAGGAAGAUGGAAAUGCGAACGGCGCGCAGAACGGCGACCAUCCUGCGAAGAAGGUUGACGCCAAGGAGGCAUGAAGAGAUGCCUGAUCGUCCAUUCCAUAUAUCCACAAAAGUACAGGCGAUGCGGGUCAAGGGGUGUACUCUGCUU